CUGAUGGCGUCAUUUGACGCAGCGUCGGUUUGCCACGUCGGUCUCUAACUGCAGCGCGAGGAACUUUAGCAACUUUGUGUUUUUCAGGUUAACGCUGUAAACGACGAGCAGCGAGCGGCUGUCUGCUGAGUCUCUUCAGAAACACUGUAACAGAGACACAAAUGCGCUUCUUACAGAGUUUACGUGACUGAUGUCUGCGCUCAUGAUUGAUGUGUGUGUCCGAGACGUGAGGAGCUCGCAGGGAUCCACAGACGGAGAUGCCCGGGGGCCGCAGGGGUCCCAGUAGACAGCAGCUGAGCCGCUCCGCUCUGCCUUCGCUGCAGACGCUGGUGGGCGGCGGUCUCAGUAAUGGGGCGGGGCUCCGGUGCAGCGUGGCCGUCUUCGUAAGCGUGUGUCUCUCUCACAGGAACAGUGGGGUGGUGGGUCUCUCUCUUCCGCUCACGGCCCUCAUCAGUCCCGAACCUGUCCGUCAUUCCCGUAUUCCCGAUCUUCCUCUGGACAGUAACCUGCUGUUCGAGGCUCUGCUCUUCCUCUACCUGCUGGUGGCGCUCUUCGUUCAGUACAUCAACAUCUACAGGACGGUGUGGUGGUCUUCAUACAGCCAGCCCUCAGCCUCCACCUCACUGAACUUUCAUCUGAUGGACUAUCACCUAGCGGUCUUCAUCACCGUGAUGCUGGCCAGAAGACUGGUGUGGACCAUCAUCUCAGAGGCCUCUCUGGCGGUCCCGUCGUCUCUGCUGCGGUACGUGGCUCUGAUCACGGCGCGGUUGAUCUUGCUGACUCUGUGUGGAUGGGUUCUCUGCUGGACCCUCGUCAACCUCUUUAAGAAUCACUCCGUGCUCAACCUGCUCUUCUUGGGAUAUCCGUUCGGUGUUUACGUGCCGCUCUGCUGCUUUCAUCAGGAGGGUCGAGCUCCAGCCGCUCCCUCAGAUUGUGGAUUCUCAGAGCAGGAUGGCUCCGACGGGCCUCUGCCUCGACCCAAAGACUUCCUGACGCUACUGCGAGAGAACCUGCGUGAUCAGUUCUCCAGCCCGAAGCACAUCCCCACACACAGCUGUCCUCCGUCGCCCGAGCUCAUCCGCAGCGAGGUGGAGGAGCUCAGGACCGACUUCAACCGCCGCAUCAAAGAAGUGCUGUUUAACUCGCUCUUCAGCGCUUAUUAUGUGGCCUUCCUGCCGCUGUGCUUCGUCAAGAGCACACAGUACUAUGACAUGCGCUGGUCCUGCGAGCAUCUGAUCAUGGUGUGGAUCAAUGCGUUCGUGAUGCUGAUGAGUCAGCUGCUGCCGCCCAGUUACUGUGACCUGCUGCAUCGCUCGGCCGCACAUCUGGGCCGCUGGCAGCGUCUGGAGCACGGCUCCUACAGCAACACGCCGCAGCACAUCUGGUCAGACAGCACCAUCUGGCCGCAGGGAGUCCUGGUCCGGCACAGCCGCUGUCUCUAUAAAGCCAUCGGGCCUUAUAACGUGGCCUUGCCCUCCGACGUCUCGCAUGCCAGGUUUUAUUUCCUCUUCCACAAGCCCCUGCGGAUCCUGAACCUGCUGAUCGGGAUCGAGUCGAGUGUGGUGCUGUAUCAGCUGUACUCUCUACUACGCUCCGAGCGCUGGAACCACACGCUCUCGCUGGGCCUCAUACUCUUCUGCAACUAUUACGUUCUGUUCAAGCUGCUGCGGGACCGGAUCGUUCUGGGCAAGGCGUACUCGCACCCGCUCGCCGGCGGCCUGGGCAUCAAGACUCACCUGUGUCUCGCGUGACAUCCAAAUUCUGCCAAAGAUUGAAAGGAAAAAGAACUGGAAGAGCUAAAGCCGACCAAUCACGACGGGGGACUGGACGGUCCGGUGCUGUUUGAUCAUUUCCAUUGUUACUGUUUUAAGAGUGUUAUCUGUUCGUAGAAUCUUACAUGUCCACUUUGUUUCAAUCAAACUGUGUUAAAAAAAACAGCAUCAACAGGAUCUUUUUUUUUUUUUUUUUUUUUUUUUUUUUUUUUUAAAG